AUGGAUACUAGUCAAAAUGAACAACAAGAAUUGGCAAGUUCAUUGGGUGACACAAAAGUUGACACCCAUACGCAAGGCGCCGAGCCCGACUCAGAAUUCACUCGAAGUGUCACUCCAUCUGAAAAUUAUAUUCACGAUUCAUAUGAUCAAGUUCGAACGUCAUUUGACAACGGCGAUGACAAUGCAGAAAUGCAAGCAUAUAUUCUUGCAGUAGGUACUGUAAAGAGGGACUUGGCGGGUGAGUCCAAAUUCACUCCAAGUCAAGCCUCACACAAACGUCUACUUGAUGAGCACAUCAAAGUCAUCGAUGGCAUCGAUCGUCUCUCGAUUCUGGUUGAUCUUCAUAUCGAACAUGAAGUCUUGCUACGUGACGGCUUUUCUCAAGUGCAACCAUGGGGUCAUAUUCAUUAUUUUUACGUGAAAGUAAUAGGUUCGCAAAGCAUCGCCUACGGUGUGGCUGCUCUGCUUGGUGCGAUGUUUGAUCAAUCUGCUAUUGGAAUUUAUCAUCCUUUCACCAAAGAUGAUCGUCGAAUCCUGAAUUCAAAUCCAGAUCAGCCGUUACCAGACAAUUUUCAUAGAUAUUUCACGGUUUACUCGGCUAGUCCUAUUUCACGUGACACAACUUUGAAGAUAAUGGAGAAGGCUUGCGAACGUUUCCCGGAAUUGUCCGGACAGCUCGAUAUGUCAGGGCAAUCAGUCGAAUUUCACGAUUUCGGCUCAUCAUUCAAAGGCACAUGCGCGCAGAUCGAAGAGGCUUUGAAAGAAAAUUUCCAACAGACGUUUCGAGCUAAAACAGAAUUCUCAAAGAGUAGUCUACUGGAAAAAGACGAUUAUCAGCAGGCACUCAACGAAUCGGGUCUCAAAAUCAGUCAUAGUCGACAGAAAGAAACCAGUUCACAAAUAUUUCACUUAUUUUAG